UAAGGAGAUGAAGCUACCUAGCAGGGUAGGGAAGGCCCCUUCCCCAUCUGACUUUCUGGAUAAACUCAUGGGAAGGACAUCUGGGUAUGACGCCCGCAUUAGACCCAACUUCAAAGGUCCUCCUGUGAAUGUCACCAUCAACCUGUUCAUCAACAGCUUUGGGUCCAUCACAGAAACCACUAUGGACUAUCGGCUUAAUGUGUUUCUACGGCAACAAUGGAAUGACCCACGACUGGCCUAUAAGGAGUACCCUGAUGACUCUCUGGACCUGGAUCCUUCCAUGUUGGAUUCCAUCUGGAAACCUGACCUUUUCUUUGCCAAUGAAAAAGGGGCAAACUUUCACGAAGUCACCACAGACAACAAACUGCUGCGGAUAUUCCAAAAUGGGAAUGUCCUCUACAGUAUCAGGUUAACUCUGAUCCUGUCCUGCCCUAUGGAUCUGAUGAACUUCCCUAUGGACAUUCAGACAUGCUCUAUGCAGCUGGAAAGCUUUGGCUACACCAUGAAUGACCUGUGUUUCCAGUGGCUGGACAUUGGCCCUGUGCAGGUGGCUGAUGACCUGAUGCUUCCUCAGUUUGUGUUGAAGGAGGAGAAAGACUUGGGCUACUGCACCAAACACUACAACACAGGUAAAUUUGCCUGCAUCGAGGUAAAGUUCCACCUGGAGAGACAGAUGGGUUACUACCUGAUCCAGAUGUACAUCCCCAGCCUGCUAACCGUCAUCCUCUCCUGGGUCUCCUUCUGGAUCAACAUGGAUGCGGCCCCAGCUAGAGUGGGCCUUGGUAUCACCACAGUGCUCACCAUGACAACACAAAGCUCUGGGUCCAGGGCAUCCUUGCCUAAGGUGUCUUAUGUGAAGGCCAUUGAUAUCUGGAUGGCUGUGUGUCUUCUUUUUGUGUUUGCUGCACUGCUGGAGUAUGCAGCAGUAAACUUUGUCUCACGACAGCACAAAGAGUUCUUCAGACUGAGGAAAAAGAUCAAAGAACAACAGCGGCAGAGAACUGUGAGUACGAGACCCUGUGCAGCCCACUCCCUCAGGCUGCUGUCACCUGCUAUUCCCUCUAUGCCCUGUGUCGUGGACAUUUCCUCUAUUUACCAAAUCAUGGGAGCAAACCACACAACCUCCAUGUUGCUCUGGCUCUAUCAGCAGGGAAGUGGAACUCGUGAGAGCAGCAAAGUGAAAGGUAACAACGUGCCAGGCAACAACACCUGCCAGGGGACCUUGUCUGGCCCUCAGCAGUGCAGUGUCUGUGCCAGGGAGCAGGAACUGACAGAGCAGAGUCAGGCCUAUUUUCUCCAUAGUUAUGGAGCAGCAGAAGAUGCACCACCAGAGAUGGACGCCCCAAUCUUUCAGGCCUUACCUCCUGGGUUUCCACUGUAUGACAUCCGCAGGCGGUUUGUAGAUCGGGCAAAAAGGAUUGACACUAUAUCCAGGGCUGUGUUCCCUCUGAGUUUCCUUUGCUUCAAUGUUUUCUAUUGGCUCACGUACAAAGUGCUACGGAAUGAAGCCAUCCGAGCUACUCUGUGACAAACCAACAUCUGUGGACUGAAUUAUAGCACUAGAAUCUAGUCUUCCACAGAACACUUUGAGACAGUGUUGGAGAUCCAUCAGCUGUGCCAAUGGAUAAAUAACUGACUGCAUGUCCAGUUCCAUUCAUUCUUUUAUGAAAGUAAGCAAACUUGAUGUCUCUUCGAAGUGUCAUCCUUAAUUUUUUUUUACAAUUCCAAUGGAACGCACUAAUGGCAUAUAAGCCUUCUUGCACUAUGGAUACUUUCAAUGUCACCCCCAUGGAGGGCACAAGUCCAGAUAUUGAAGCAGGACUGCAUGGAAAAAUAUAUAUUUUUUUGUAUUUCAGAAUUGUAUUUAUUUUGUACUCUUGUGGAUUGCCACAUUACCGUAUUGGCAAAUCAUAAACCCCUACAAAUAUAUUGAUUUCAACAUAUGGUACACUUUAUGUAAUUGUACAUUAUUGGUACAGAAGUGAAUGCUGGACAUAUUGAAUUGUCUAGAUAGGCAAUGUCCUUGAUUAUCAUACUGUGUCAAGUAUUGACUUUGUCAUCCUCAAUUAAACAAAUCAAAAAGCCAAA